AUUUGAGGUUGACAAGCUGUCUCAGGUCCAGCAUUUUCAGUGUCCUGCAUGCACACCCUCCAUGUUGGCAGUUGCAGUGGAUGGGAACCGCAAAUUAUAUCGUUUCAAAAGCCAACCAGGACCUGAUGGGUUUUUUGAUGGAGUCUUUUUGGCCAAUGAUGCUGAGGUGUCCUCCUUUGUUGAUUACAUCCAUGGAACAACUGGACAUAAUCCAGGGAAAGGGAGAUGUGGUGCGGGUCAGUGGACCGCAGCACGAGAGUCCGCCAACAAGUCUGCAAGCAAACUAGACGAGGAAGGUGUUGAAGUUGCUGUCUGCCGUCAUGGGGUUUUGCUGAAGGGACUGAAUAUGUUCCGUGGAGAAAUAUUUGCAUACCCAUUAUAUCUCCAGAAACAGCUAGCUUCACAGACCGUCCAGUUUUUCUGCUCUGAUGUGGUCUGCAAAUAUUGGCCAUAUCUGCAGAAAGUUGUGGACCACUGUCCAGAGUUGGAGGACUUGCUGAACAUGCGCCCAUUUCUCUCCAUCAUGCAUGCAAAAGCGCAUUCAUGGAUGUGUGAGUUAAAAUGGGGGGGACGCAAUCAAGAAGGAGCUGGAACAACAAUCGGAGAGGAGGUUGAACAGGUUAACAGCUUCCUCUCUCGAGCAGCCAUAUGUUCCAAGUACAUGUCAAAAGCCGUUCGCACAGACAUGCUAACAAUCCAGGCAAGUGGCUGGAACAAGCGAAAGGCAGAAAACCUUGACCGGACACUGGCCAAAAGAUACAUCAAGACUGUACAAAGGAUUGCAGAGGCAACAAAGGACCUGGAGAAACUCACAGCUGAGUUAUCUCUACAGCAAGACACAGUCCAGCAGUGGGUGUCUGAUGUUCAGCAGUGGACCUCAGGAGCAACAAUCCAAAAUGACCUGCAGAGGACCAUCGAGGCUAUAUUUGGGUAUCAAACAGCGAAAAUUUCAGCUGUAUCGUCAGUCUGGUGGGAACAAGCGAAGGCAUCAACUGAGAAGAAAGAUUGCUGUUGAGAAGAAAGCCUUGGAAGUUGCCAUCAAUGACCACAAUGCUACUGUUGGGGAAGUUGAAAAACUGCCUCCUCCCAAUGAACUCCUGGCUGUGGACAACUACUCCUGGCCAUGGGAAUGUCAUGGUGAUAUGGAGCGGAAAAAAAAUGUUUUUGACAAGGUAAUGCUGCUGGCUAGACUGAAAGAAGAAGAAUUUAUUGUGGUUCGAGAAGUCAAGCAGCACAUGGAGUACAUGAGGAGUGUUGCUGGACUGAUUGAAGAGUUUACCUUUCAGCUCACUGGAGACACCAAUGGGAAAUGUAAAGACAAUAAAUAGUUAGACUUUUUCUUCAAUUUGCUUCUCUGGUAACCAUUGGCUCAUUUCUUUAUAUUUUAAUGUCACAUUCUCAGGCAGUACAGAGGGCUUAAUGGAGAAAGGACGUGAGGGACUACUCUGUGUGCUGAAGAGAAGAUUGUGUGAAGUUGAAGCACAACUGGCUACAGCACGCACAACAUACAAAAGUAUUCUUGGACUGCAAACAUUGCCCUUAGAU